AUGCUGAGGGGGAGUAGGCGGACGGAGGGGGGAGGGCAAGGCGACGAGGGCUAUAACGCGCAGCGGCAGCAGCAGCAAGGGGGAAAAAGUGCGCAGUGGCAGGCGGGGGAAGGGGGAGGGCGCGGGGAAGCAGCAGAGCGGGCGGUGGGAGGGGAAGGGGGAGUGAGUGGGGAGGCAGCGGAAUGGGUGGUGGCGGCAGUGGCGGAGAGUGUGGGGGUGGCGUGGGGGAGAGCGCGGCAGGUGGCGCGUGUGUGUGGGGGAGUGCGAGCGAGGAGAGUGUGGGAGAAGAUUGCUCUUCUCAGGAGCCUUCUCAACGCUGCCCCUGUAAAGACCACCCAAGCCAGCAGUCUUAGCGAAAGUUUCCCUUCCGACACCCACAGCAGUCCCACCAAUGGCAGUCUCACCAAUGGCACUCCCACCAGUGGCACUCCCACCAGCAACACUCCUACCAGCAACAGCAACCCUGUAAUUACCACCAGUAGCACCAACCCUGUAAUUAGCACCAGCAGCACCACCCCUGCCACUGCCAUGCCAGCCAGCAACGGCAGGAGUGGUAGGAGCGAGGGGCGAGGGGAUUCCUUGUGGGAAGCUGCUGGUGCUGGUAGUGCUGCUGUGGGCGAUGAAAGAAGGGAAGGGGAAAGAGGGGAGGAGGAGAGGGGUGAGAGGGGAGGGAGAGAAGAGGAGGAUAGAGGGCAUGAUAGUGGGGGAAAGGGGGAAGGGAGAGGGUUCGGAGUGGCUCCUGUUGGGCCGUUGAUUCAGCGUGCGAUCGGACGGCUGGCAGUGAUCGCGAGGGAUGAUGAUGUGCUGCUGCAGAAGUCUCUGGGCUUUUUCCAAAAGCUGGCAGCGCAGCGACGUGGAGUCGCGCUAUUGGACGACCCUUCCACUGCUCUGCCGGCGCUCGUUGCCGGUUUUCCGGAAUUUCUGGCGUGGGAGGAGGAAUCUUUUGAGUCGACUCAAAAGUCAACUCUGGCGUGGGAGGAGGAAUCUGAUGCGUCUGGCAAUGUGGAUGGGGAGGCUUUUGAGGCGCCUCAAAAGGAAUCUGAUGCGUCUGGCAAUGUGGAUGGGGAGGAUUGUCUAGAGGCAGAUGGAGAGAAGGUGGAGGAGGGAGAGGGGUUGCUGGUCAAGGGAAGGCAGGAACAAGUGAAGGGAGCGCUAGCAAGAGAGGGUAGUGAGGGGAAUGUUUGCCCUCUGUUUUGUCCCCUGUGCCGUUUCGGUAAAACCCCAUCCACCACCUCCCCAUCUGCUGUCUGCUUUCAAUCCCCCUCGCCGUCACAGCUGGGAGUGCGCCUGGGAGUGCGCGUGCGGGACCUGCCUCUAAUAAUCAACCGCUUCCCCCCAGUGCUCUCCCCGUCGGUCUUCCUCAACGCACCAGUGGUCGCCGAUGCCGUCACCAACACUCUCAAGUGCAGUGAAGACCUGCCCACUUCUUCCCCGUCGGUCUUCCUCAACGCACCAGUGGUCGCCGAUGCCGUCACCAACGCUCUCAAGGUGCCAAUCAGCAAGGUGCCAAUCAGCAAGGUCGACCCGAUGCUCACGCGCUGCCCCGAGCUGCUGUCUCUCACUCCGACCAACAGCAUCGCGCCAGCUGGCGUGUUCCUACAGGCCGUGGGGCUGACGCGCGGGGAGAUGGUGCGCGUGCUCUCUGCCAGCCCGUCGCUGCUGUGCCGGCCCAGGCACCAACUGGGGGAGGUGGGUCUGAUAGAAGAGAUGGGGGAGUCACUGGAUUGGCUACAAGAGAACCUCGCCAUCCCGUCCCACGAGCUAGCCCACCUUGUGUUUCGCUGCCCCGGCCUGCUGUGCCUGUCGCCCGCGGUGCUGCACGGCAAGGCUGCCUUCCUCACGGGGGAGGUGGGCGUGGUGGCAGCAGAGGAGGUAGCGCGCGUGGUGUGCCGCUUGCCUGAAGUUCUCACCAUGAGUGUCAAUUCUAUGCGGAACAGGAUCUCCUUCCUCUACUCCCGAGGCUUCUCCCGUGCUGACGUGGCAGCCAUGGUGGUUCGGUACCCACCGCUCCUGGGCUACAGUGUUGCUGCGGUGCUUCGGCCGAAGCUGGACUUCUGGCUCGAGGAGGAGGAAAAGGGGGUGGAGAAGAGCGAUGAAGGCACCCGCACCAGCGUCACCAGCAGCACCGGCAGCACCGGCAGCACUGGCAGCACCGGCAGCAGCAGCACAAGCAGUACGAGCAGCACGAGCAGCAGCUACUACCCGCGCUCGCGCUCCGACCUGGUGCUCUUCCCCAAGCUCUUCAGCUACUCCCUCGACUCCCGCAUCCGCCGCCGCCUCCGUGUGCUGGCCAGUCGCGGCCCGCCACGUGCACCAGCAAGUGAUGGUGGUGCUAGUGGUGGUGGCGGGGUCGGUGGUGUGAGCGGUGGUGCUGCAGCUGCUGCUGUGGGUGCAGCGUCAGGUACUGGCCUUGGUGGUGGUGAUGGUGAUGGUGGUGGUGGUGGCGAUGGUGAUGGUGGUGGUGGUGGCAGUGGUGGUCCUAGUGGUACUGCUGCUGCUGCCUUGCCGGCUCCAACUAGUGGUGAUCAAGCUGCAAGGCGUGUUCAAGGAACUGGCGCCACCCGUCCAGAUUCGCGUAAAAGGUUUCCUGCAGAAGCAGGUGUUUUGGAAAGAGAAGCCCCCUCUGGCGGAGCUUCCCUUGCCUCUGUGGCUGCCAGGUCAGCAGAACCCACUGCCAGGUCACCUGCCACUGGUGCCAGGUCAGCAGCCACCUGGGGAUCAAGGAGAGAUGCCAUGGACCCACCAGUAUUACCAGGAGAGGAGAAGAUCUCUCAGGAAGGGCGAAACUUUUCGGCUAGAAGAGCUGAUUAUUCACCUGAUGCCAGCCGUGGUUCACCGGAAGACGAACUUAACCGCGAGCUUGACUCAAUCCAACGGCGCACAGGCCCAGUCCCCGCCAAGAUCCGCCCGCGAAAUGCGGCGCAGUAUGCGGCGAAGGCCUCGCGCCGUCUCCAAACAGGAUCAACAAGCACCGCCGUCGCCGCACCCGCCGCCUUCGGAGACGGCGCUUUUGGCGCUGUACCCUGCUGGGCAUCCGAACUCGGAGACUCCGCGCGAUCUCCGGCGCGACCCCCGGCGUGGAUGACGGCCGGUCGAGGAUCCGCGAGCAGCAGCGGCAGCAGCGACGAGGAGAGGGAGGAGUCAGCUUACGGCGGAGGGUUGGGCGGAAACUUCUAUCCGUCUCCUAACGCGCGCGCGGAAACGGGUAGCGCGGGGAAGGACAGGCGGAAGAGCGCGGGGAGCGGCGGAAAGAAGCCGCGGAAAGCGUCGUUCCACAUCAGCCUUAGCAGCAGCGACUCUAGCGGCUCGGACGGGGAGGGGGAGGUUGGGAAUGGGGAACGGGUCGGCGGAGAUGGGGGAAAGCGGAGGGGAAGUUUAGGCGGGAGGGGGAGUGCGCUGGACGCGGAGAGGCCAGUGGCGCGGCCUGUGAGGCGGGCGGAGGCGGAACUGGGGGAGGUGGAGCGGAAAGUAGCUGCUGAGGUGGAGGAGGCUGAACUGGGGGAGGCGGAACUGGGGGAGGCGGAACUGGGGGAGGCGGAACUGGGGGAGGCGGAACGGGGGGAGGUGGAACCGGGGGAGGUGGUACUGGGAGAGGUGGAACUGGGGGAGGUGGAACUGGGGGAGGUGGAACUGGGGGAGGUGGAACUGGGGGAGGUGGAACUGGGGGAGGUGGAACUGGGGGAGGUGGAACCGGGGGAGGUGGAAGGGAAGGUCGCUGCUGAGGUGGAGGAGGAGGUGAGGCAGCGGCGGGUGCGGCUGGAGGGGAGGCUGAUGGAGGAGCGGGAGAAGGGGCGGGCAGCCGUAGCUGCGGUGGAGGCACAGCGAGAGGCGGUGCAGGCCACACUGGCUCGGCUAGAUAGGGAGCACUGGCAGGCCGUAGAAGAGAUGAGGGAUUCUCACAUCCGUCGGCUGUCUCAGGAGCACGAGCAGAAAUCGGAGGCUGGGGAGUCGCAGCUUCGGAGAGAGGCGGCGGCGGCAGAGGCUCGGCGCCGAGCCGAGAUCGAAGCUGAGCUUCGGGCAAAGCAGCAGAGGGAGAUGGAGGAGGAGAGGAGGAGGAAGGAGGAGGAGAGAAGAAGGAAGGAGGAGGAGGAGAGGAGGAAGGAGGAGGAGCGGAAGAGGGAGGUGCAGAGGCAGCAGCAGGAGGUGGAGGCGAGCAGGAGAGCAGCCCAGGCAGCAAAAGCAGCUGCUGAUGCAGCCGAUGCAAGAGCAGCAGCAGAGGUGGCACAGAGGAGUUCCAAAGUGCAAGUGGCAGAAGGGGCAGCAAAGGAGGCGGAGGCCAGGCUGACACAGCUGAAGGCGAUCUCCUUUCCCCAUUCCCUCUAUUUCCUCCCAACGCUCCAAUCAAGCAGUGCAGAGAAGUUCCAAAGUGUGACGCAGAGGAGUUCCAAAGUGCGAGUGGCAGAAGGGGCGGCGAAGGAGGCGGAGGCCAGGCUGGCACGGCUGAAGGCGAUGCGCGAUGAGAUCGCUCCCAUCAUGGCUGAUAAUGCGCGGAAGAAGGACCGCAAGACUGUGGAGCGGCGAAUCAUUCUGCUGGUUCAGCAGAUUUCAGCCACGCAUGACCAAAUCGCCAAAAAGUCUGCCGAUCUCACGGCUCUCUUGCGGGACCCAUCCCUUCCCCAGACGUUCGUCGCAAUUACCUUCGCCUCCAAGAUUCUAUCGCAGUGCGAGUCCCAAGUUACCAAGUUACCGCCGUUCGCAUUCGCUCUCGCGCAAGUCAUAGUGAACGUGUCCUCUCAGGCGCCCAUAGCCAUGGAGGCCUUGAUGGCAAGCCUGAAUGAGACCUGCAUCUACACCGUUCCACAGCACUAUGUCUUUUCCGAGGCCUCGUACACUUGUGAUGAUGCCUAUUAUCAUGAUUUGGGAUACCGGGAGGAAGAGGGAGAGGGCGGAAAGAAGAAGAUGGAGUCGACCGAUGCGUUUAUAGAGAGGAUGACAGGAUACAUCACACUCAUGGCUGCUAUAUGCCAGACCCUCCCACCACCUGGCACCGCAGUGCACCCCUUUGGCUUGUCCCAUGCGUGGCAGUGGUGUGCUCGGCUACUGAACCACCUUCCGGCCAAUCGAGCAUCGGCCACCACUCUGGAAGUGUUUCUCAAGAUUGCUGGUUACCGCAUGCACCUUACGUACCGCUCGCAGUUCCUGAAGCUGCUAAAUGUGGUGGGAAACGAGUAUAGGGGCAAGCUGCAGGCGCUGAACGAUGCUGACGUGGCGCCGGUGGUUAACCGAAUCGAGACAUACGUUGGUGUGCAGAGGUAUCUGAGGCCGCCUGAGGGGCUGGAGAUGCCGCUGCAUGAUAAGUCGUCGCAACUCAGAGCAUAG